AUGGCCGCCGCCCGCACCCAACAUGGCGGCCGGUGCCUCAGGGCGCGCAUGCGCGGUGCAAUGCAGCGCGCGCUGAGGGCGCUGCUCCGGCAGCCGCCGCCAUGGCGGCCCCGCCGCCCCCCGCCCGGCCUGAGGGACCCGGCCCGCACCGCCCCGGGGCUUCCCUGCGGGCCUGCCCGACCGGCCCGCACCGCCCCGGGACCUCCCUGCGGGCCCGCCUGCACCGCCCCGGGACAGCGCUGGAGCCCGGCCCGCCCGCUCUGCACCGCCCCGGGGCCGCGGCCGUCCACGCAUUAUCGCCUGGUGUACACCUGCAAGGUGUGCCAGACCCGCUCAGCCAAAUCCAUCUCUAAGGCCGCCUACCACCGAGGGGUGGUGAUCGUGACAUGUCCCGGCUGCGGGAACCACCACGUCAUCGCCGAUAACCUGGGCUGGUUCUCCGACCUGGAGGGAAAGAGGAAUAUCGAGGAGAUCCUGGCAGCCAGAGGGGAGAAGGUGAGACGUGUGGCUGGUGAGGAAGCCCUGGAGCUGCUGCUGGAGAGCUCGGCAGAGCCCGGGCCCCAAGGUCAGCUGGCAGAGGGGGACGACGGGGAAGCCCCCCCAGAUCCUGGCAGCAAGGGACACACCUGACACGAGGGACUGUGGCCUGUGGGACAGAUGUGACACGUGAGAUUGUUGGACAGACCUGCCGCGUGGGAUUUGGGACGUUCUGCUUGUGGCAAGAGACUCUUCACCUUCGUUCCCUGAUUUCAGCUGUCUGUAUCUAAAAUAAACUGGGGUGUUGGGUUUUC